AUGGAGCCGUGGGGCUGGCUACCUCUGCUCCUGUGGUUGGGCCUGAUGUGGCCCCUGGGGGCUCUUUCUGAGCCCCGACUGAGGGUCUUCGUGGUUCCCCACAGCCACAUGGACGUGGGCUGGCUGCACACCAUACAGGAGAGCAUGCAGGCUUAUGUCACCAACGUCUACAACUCCGUGGUGGAGGAACUAACCCUUGAGAAGAAGCGCAGGUUCAUCAUAGUGGAGCAGGAAUAUUUCCGGCUGUGGUGGGAUGGUGUCGCCUCGGACAAGCAGAAAGGCCAGGUCCGCCAGCUUGUGGCCACAGGUCGCCUGGAAUUUGUCCUCGGAGGCCAGGUCAUGCACGACGAGGCCGUGACCCACAUUGAUGACCAGAUCCUCCAGCUCACAGAAGGACACGGCUUUCUCUAUGAAACAUUUGGGGUCCGGCCACAGUUCUCCUGGCAGGUGGACCCAUUUGGUGCAUCCUCCACGACCCCCACCCUCUUUGCCCUGGCGGGCUUCAAUGCCCACGUCAUCUCUAGGAUCGACUACAACCUGAAGGAGGCCAUGCAGGAUAACCGGCAGCUGCAGUUCGUGUGGAGAGGGUCCAGAUCCCUGUCGGCACAGCAGGAAAUCUUCACACACGUCCUAGACCAGUUCGGCUACUGCUCUCCUCCCGGCCUCCUAGGUCUUGGGCUGCUGCCCUUCUCAGGGCUGGUCCCUAACACUCGUCUCUCUCUCAGUGAGGGAUUUUACUGGGAUGGUGACCCAGUCUUCCCAGGUCCUCCCACGAAUGGCCUGUACCCCAGCAUGGAAAUCCCUGUCACUGAGGACACCAUCCCAAGCUUUACCAAUCUCCUGCUGAACAACGUGUUGGCUCGAGCCACCUGGUUCCGGACACCACACGUCCUCUGGCCCUGGGGAUGUGACAGGCAGUUCUUCAACGCCUCACUGCAGUUCACCAACAUGGACCGUGUAAUGGAGGAGGUCAACAAGUUCACAGAGAAGCACGGCAUCUCGAUGGAGUACGCCACGCUGGGCAACUACUUCCGGGCUGUGCAUGCUCACCAGCUCUCCUGGAAGGUCCGAGACCACCGAGACUUCCUGCCUUAUUCCUCAGAAAUAUUUCACGCUUGGACCGGAUUCUACGCCUCCCGAAGUGGUCUCAAGGGGCUGGCGAGGCGAGCCAGUGCUCUGCUGUACGCCGGGGAGUCCAUGUUCACGCGCUACGUGCUGUUGGCUCCCCACCGGUUCCUGGACCCGGCCUGGGGCCUGCAGCAGCUCCAGCAGCUCCGCUGGGCCGUCUCCGAGGUCCAGCACCAUGACGCCAUCACCGGGACUCACGCUGGCAAGGUUGGUGACAUGUUUGUGGAGCACCUGAGCACCGGGAUGCAAGGGGUGCACAAGCUGAUGGCCUCCAUCACCCAAGACAGGUCUCCAGCAAACUCAGGCCCAGAGCCUGGGGGUCACUUUGCAGUGGUCUACAACCCGCUGGCCUGGACGGUCACCACCAUCAUCACCCUGACUGUGGACUUCCCCAAUGUCAGCAUCACAGACGAGUCAGGCCGCCCUGUCCCUGCACAGGUCCAGAGUUCAAAGGAGAUGCCCUCUGCCUAUGACCUGCGAAUGCUGACCACAAUCCCAGGACUCAGUUACCGGCACUACAGCAUCCAGCCCAGCAGGAUUUCCCAGGAGGCCACUGAGGAGACUGCACCCUUUGUGGCCAGCACCCAGCAUUUUGGACACAGACUCAGGAGACGUGGCAGACAAGUGGGCUACCACCUGGUACCUGUGGAGAAUGACUGCUACACCGUGUUCUUGGACACAGAUACCAACCUGAUGCACAGCAUCUUGGAGAGGCGGAGUAACCGAACAGUACGGGUGACCCAGAGUUUCAUGGAGUAUCAUGUGAAGAGUGAUUCCAAUCAUGGCCCCAUUUCAGAUAAUUAUGUGUUCACACCCAGUGGUAGGGCAGAGCCAGCGUGGGAGGCCGUGAGGAUGGAGAUCGUGGAGGGGCCGCUGGUGACUGAGAUCCGGCAGUACUUCUACAGGGAGGUGAACGACAGUGAGCCCACAUUCGCCAUCUACUCCUGGCUGGCCCGCGGGCCCCAGAGCUCUGACGGGGAGCUGCUCUGCCAUCGCAUAGAGCAGGAGUACCGGGUGGGCCCCUUAGAGCUGAACCGCGAGGCCAUCCUGAGGACAAGCACUGAUCUGAACACGGGGCAGGUCCUCCACUCGGACAACAAUGGCUACCAGAUGCAGCGCAGGCCCUACCGGCAGAACAUGUGGAACACCAUUGCUCGGAAUUACUACCCCAUGGUCCAAUUGGCUUCCAUCGAGGACUUACCAAGCAGGCUGGUGCUGCUCUCUGAGCAGGCACACGGCGUCUCUAGCCAAGGGAACGGGCAGGUGGAGGUCAUGCUCCACCGGCGGCUGUGGAACAAUGACGGGUGGGCCCUCGACAAUAACGUCACACUGAACGACUCUUCGGUCGUCCACCCAGUGUUCUGGCUCCUGCUGGGACCCAGGACACUCACCAGUGGCCUGCGCCAGAGGAGUGGGCUGGCGCUGCAGCACCGGCCCGUCGUGAUGCUCAGAGAGAUGAACGGUGAGGUGGGGGGUCCCACGGUGCACCUGUCAUCACGGCCCCGGCAAGAGGCUGUGACGCUGCCCCCAAGUGUCCACCUGCAGAUCCUCAGCAUCCCCGGCUGGAAGUACAGCUCGAACCACACGAAGCACCUGCAGACUCUCCAGAAAGGUGAGGCAGGUCACGAGGCCAAGGCAGACCUCCGCCGUGUCCUGCUGCGGCUCCAGCACCUGCAUGAGGUGGACCAGGACCCCGUGCUGUCUCGGCCUGUGACAGUGAACCUGCAGUCUGUGCUGCGGGGACUGGGCUCCGUGGUGUCCGUGGAGGAGCGCUCACUCACAGGGACCUGGGACGUGAGUGAGCUGCGCCGCUGGACAUGGAGCACGCGGGACUCUCACCACCACAGAGGAAAUUCCAGUCGGCCCUCGCCACCGCCAAGAGGCCCUGAGGUCACCAUCUACCCGAAGGAGAUCCGAACAUUCUUCAUUCACUUUCAAGAGCAGUGAGCCCUUGGCAGAUUCUUGGUCCCAGGACACAGGAAAGCAGCCUACAGGGAUGAGGGGAAAGCUGCCAAUCUGGAGGGCUAACGGCAGGAAAUGGACGGAUGGGGGGUGUCCUGACUUCUUAAAUAAAAUUGCA